UGUGUUGUAUAUGAUUUUUAUGUGAAAAUAAAUAAUAAGAAUUAAAAACAAUUUUCUACGAAAAAAAUCCAAAUUUACAAGCGGCUCUUAUUUUCCACUAUCCCAAUAGAAUAUAUCGAAUAAAAUUGUACGUGUACACCACAUUGUGUAAGGACAUUCAAUCACUAUUAACUGGUUUUCUUUCAACUAUAGUCUAAGUUUUCUAAACUAAUAAAUUCGUAUACAAUAUUAAGUAUGUACAUACUUAUAUCCCCUUGAAAAAAAUUAUAUACAUACAUAUGUACAUAUAAAUCAUGUUAUACCAAAAAGCGUUUGUAAAAGUUGCUGCAAAUUAUUCAGUUAACACUGUUAAAAGUAAAUUAUCCCCAUUCAGUUACAAAAUAAAUCGUGAAGUUAGCACAAUCCCCUCGCAAGUGAAGAAAGUAAAAAUGGCAAAAUUAACCGAAAAGGAGCGUGAAGAAGUGCUAGUUCCACUUUUAAAUGAAGGAUGGUCUGUGGUGAAAGAUCGGGACGCGAUUUAUAAAGAAUUUCUAUUUAAAAAUUUUAAUGAGGCAUUUACUUUUAUGUCAGGUAUAGCUCUAAUGGCCGAAAAAAUGGAUCAUCAUCCAGAAUGGUUCAACGUAUACAAUAAGGUUCAAAUAACAAUGUCCACACACGACUGUGGUGGUCUAAGUAUGAAAGAUAUUAAAAUUGCAAACUUUAUGAACCAAAUUGCAAAUAGAUAUCAAUGAGCAUAAAUUAUUAUAUAAAAAAACAAAAUUAUUUCUAAAAACUAUUUGUCAUUGUAUUGAGAUAUUAAAAUUAAUCUUAAAGAACUUUA